AUGCUUGCAUGUUACGUGGUAGAUGAACCAGAAGAGUGGGACAAAUUUUUACCAUUUGUCACCUUCGCAUACAACACGUCCAAGCAGGCAACGCUUAAAGAUAACCCGUUUUACCUUUUCUACGGAAGAGAACCAGUACUACCGAAUGACCUAAAAAUUAAUAGGCAUUUUGAAACACAUGAAAAUGAAGGUGAAAUAAAAUCAGUUACAAAAGAAGUAGAAUUUUUACUAAACAGCCCAAUCACAGAUACAGAAUCAGGAAAAAGACUCUAUAGUAUCUCUUAUGCGUGGGGACCAUUAAGACUUGGCCAUCCUAAAAUUAUACAAACAAUCGAAUCAGGAAAAUUGGUUGAAAAAGACACUAUUGUCUACAUUUUCUAUAAUUCGUCCAAACCCACUAACCAGUUAACAAUACACCACCAAUUUGAUAUUGAUGACCAACUCCCUCUCGGCACUGACCUAGAAUAUAUUGUCGACCAAACCAUAAGAAUCCAUAAAACUGACUCCUGUAUCACAACAACUGAAGCAAACCAAAUCAUCGCUGAAAAGUGUUCAGAAAAAACAACGCGAUGGAUAUUGGAUAUGUUAAAUUAUCAACUCAUAUCCCAAGAAAAACAUCUAUGCCUCACAGUUAAGACGCAAAACGAGACCAAAAUAAACACACCAACAAAUACACUGGAGCUUGUCAGAUGCAGCAGACCAGAAAACAUCAACGAAAAUCAACAAUGGGUUUUCGGGACCAUCAACACAAAUCCAGAAAUCUUAGAAAAUUUUCCGGAAACAUCGAUCGACGAACUGGAAGAAAUUCAACUAGAACAACGAAGGACAAUGACCACUACCAUUAAUUCACCAAUAUUUGGAGGAUUGAUAAAAUUUAACCACGGCAAAGGAAAUAUAAUUUGGGACAUGAUCAACUGGGGAUUACUAAAAAGCGGAAAGUCACCAAACGAAAAAUGUGUCACAUACAAUGGCUUAGCAAACGUAUUAACAUUGGAAACCUGUGACCCAAAUUGGACACAAUGUCAGGAAAGCCUAAAAAAACUCAUCACCAGCAAUGACCCCCUUGUACAAACCCAAACAUCUGUAGCUAACUGUAGCCAGAGCAGUGACAAAGGCCAAGCCUUUGAAUACUCUGCUGAUUUUACAAUAAGACCUUUUAACACCAACCAUUGUAUAAAGGCAAAUACGUCAAUGGUCAUACUACAGGAAUGUUCAAAUACCAGCUCCAUCUGGGGAACCUUCGAUCACACAGGCCAAUUAAUGGCCACCGACCGGACUGGACUACACUCUCCAGCAUCAGACAGAAAAUGUCUCACCCUAAAAACAGGAAAAUUAGCACUAGGUCAUUGUCACGGAGGAAGCAAGAAACAGCACUUUAGUUUCGAAUACAAAAACCCACAUCAAAUAAAAACAUUAUCGGCCGCAGCAAUUAUAGCACUACACACACAACACUCACUAAAUGGUAAAACCCUACCAGUAAUUCCACCAAUAACUAGAAGAGAUAUCAACGAUGCGUCGUUACAAAACAAAAUGAGUGUACCACCUAGUCAAGAAAAAAAUCUAAAAAUGUCCACAACAGCAGUUACCCCUACUACUACAAUCACAACAAAGCCAACAACUACUACGGUCAAAACUGCAGCAACCACAUCCAAAAUUACAAUAACCACCACAUCAAAACCAAUAACAACCACAACCACAAAACCAACCACAACUACAAAACCCACCACAACCACAAAACCAACCACAACCACAAAAACCACCACCCCUACAAAACCCACCACCACUACAAAACCAACAACACCCAAACCAACAGCAACAACAAAGUCCCUACCAACAACAACAACAAAAUCGACGACUACAACAACUACCCCCCCGAGCACAACAUCAACGAGUGCUACAACUUCAAACACAACCAUAGCCACAAUAAAUUCAACAAGUAUAAUCUCAACAACCACAACUACAGAAACUUCAAGGCUAAUACCAUACAAAAAUAUCUCUACACCGUCAACAACAGAAAUAAACAGAACAAUAGAAAAAGAGAUCAUCAUGGCAGAUGCUACAGAGAAGUGGCAAAUACCACCUGAAAAAGCUACCCAAAAUGAGGUGGAGGCACAAAUUAGAAAACAAACUUCCCUAAAAAUAGAAAAUCAGGCAAGUGAAGCAUUAAAAUUAACAACACUGGAUGAAAAUAGGAAACCGGAGGCAAGCACAUACCAGUCACCAAUCAACGAAGACCCUAACUACGGAUUACCAAAAUCUAUCAACGAACUUAAUAGACACCUUAAAUUUGAAAUCAGCAAAAUGCACGAGCAAUUCAAAAUUAGCAUGGAAACUGAACACGAGAACAAAUUAGCUAAGGAAAUCAGAGAUGUUUAUUGCCAGCUUUCAAAAAUUAAGAGAACACAGGCAAUAAUCCUGGCGCAAACAAACGGAAUAUUAGCAGCCGCCGCCUUAGGAUUACCAGUAUGCAGUCGACUGUAUGGUUUUGGACAAGCCAUGACCCUACAGCAAUGCGAACCAAAAAGAAUAUUACUAACUGCCAACGAAACAAAAUGUGGAUUCCAACCAUUUUUUAAUUAUGGAACAAGCAACUGCACAAUUGGGACCGAUGGAUGGUCAAUCCACCCGUACUCUGAGUGUUUUUGGAAAUCACAACUUGUAAACAUCAAUGGAUACCCUCAUGCUUGGGAGCACAACGAAACAAACGGUGAUUGGGUUAGACAGGAAGCCACCAUACACACACCGAAUUUGGACCUGAUCGCCGAAUUUGAAGAACUUCACUUAAACGACUUUGAUUUCGCCCUCAAGAGCCAUCCGGCCCAUGAUACAAUGGAAAUGGAACAACUAAAUAUACUGAACGACUUAGUAGGAAGGUUACAAGAAGGAGAAACAAAAUCUCUAUCAAAUAUCAUCGUGACCGAAGAACAAGAUAAUCAAAUUGGGAAUAUGUUUUCUUGGUUCGACACACUUAAAAUUAUGGGAUUAUCUGUAAUAGGAUUUAUACUCUUCCUGAUAUGCCUACGAAUCUUCAUAGUUUGCAACCCUUUCCCACGAAUCAUGCAUCAAGUAGAGAAAAGAAGAAAAAUACGAGAAGCAGAUGAAAGUAAAGACCGACAGGAAAUGGAUUCAAUGCUACCAGAAGGCGUAGAGGAACAGCCCUUCACACGAUAA